CAGGAUGGGUGGACAAGGGAAUGUUGGCAAGGGGGGGAGCUGAGAGGUGAGCCGGAAGUUCCCGCCCCCUCUCCCCCAGGAUCAGGGAACAAUACUCGUCAGUCAGGGCGGAGCCUCCCCGCAGUUUUCAUACAUUUGGUCUCACCUGCUCCCCCCCUUCCCGUAUCAAUCCCCGCAGCCGCCGCCGAGCGCACACACACACAGACGCAGCCAUGAGCGCGGCCGACAUUGUCCUGAAGUGGGACCCGAAGUCCCUGGAGAUCCGCACGCUGGCCGUGGAGCGGCUGCUGGAACCGCUGGUCACCCAGGUCACCACCCUGGUGAACAGCAGCAACAAGGGCCCGUCCGCCAAGAAGAAGGGCCGCUCCAAGAAAGCCAAGGUCCUGGCCGCCUCCGUGGAGCAGGCGACACAGAACUUCCUGGAGAGCGGAGAGAAGAUCGCCCGGGAGAGCCAGUACCUGCGGGAGGAGCUGGCGGCCGCAGUGGAGGAGGUACGCGGCCAGGGGGAGCUCAUGAGGUCGGCCUCCGGGGACUUCGCUGACGACCCCUGCUCCUCGGUGAAGAGGGGGAACGUGGUCCGGGCGGCCCGCACCCUGCUGUCCGCCGUCACUCGGCUGCUCAUCCUGGCAGACAUGGCCGAUGUGUACAGACUGUUGGUGCAGCUGAAGGUGGUGGAGGAGGGCAUCGUAAAGCUGAGGGGUGCGGGCACCGAGCAGGACCUGGGCAUCCACUACAAAGCCCUAAAGGCCGAGGUGGACAAACUGCAGGUGAUGACCGCCAAACGCCAACAGGAGCUAAAGGACGGCGGGCACCGAGAUCAGAUGGCGGCGGCGAGGGGCAUCCUGCAGAAGAACGUGCCCAUCCUCUACAGCGCCACCCAAGCCUGCCUCCAGCACCCGGACGUGGCCGCCUACAGAGCCAACAGAGACCUGGUCUACAAACAGCUCCAGCAAGCGGUGACCGGCAUCUCCAACGCCGCCCAGGCCACCACCGCCGACGAUGCCCCCGCCCUGCCUGGCGGCGAGCUGGCCGUGGCCUUGAACAACUUCGACAAGCAGAUCGUCAUGGACCCCCAGGGUUUCAGCGAGGAGCGUUACAGGCCGUCUCUGGAGGAACGUCUGGAGAGCAUCAUCAGCGGUGCCGCCCUGAUGGCCGAUUCCGCCUGCACCCGUGACGACCGCCGCGAGCGGAUCGUGGCCGAGUGUAACUCUGUGAGGCAAGCCCUGCAGGAUCUGCUGACGGAGUACAUGGGGAAUGCCGGCCGCAGAGAAAGGAGCGACACCCUCAACAUGGCCAUAGACCGGAUGACCAAAAAGACCAGAGAUCUACGCAGGCAGCUACGCAAAGCGGUGAUGGAUCAUGUGUCUGACUCGUUCCUGGAAACCAACGUGCCCCUCCUGGUGUUGAUUGAGGCCGCCAAGAAUGGCAACGAGAAGGAAGUAAAAGAGUACGCCCAGGUAUUCCGCGAGCACGCCACCAAAUUGAUCGAAGUGGCCAACCUGGCGUGCUCUAUAUCCAACAACGAAGAUGGGGUUAAAAUUGUCCGCAUGUCUGCCAACCAGCUCGAAGCUCUCUGCCCCCAGGUCAUCAACGCAGCCUUGGCGUUGGCGGCCAAACCUCAUAGUAAGGUAGCCAUGGACAAUAUGGACAUUUUCAAGGAACAGUGGGAGAAGCAAGUGUGUAUCUUGACGGAUGCCGUAGAUGACAUCACUUCCAUCGAUGACUUCUUGGCAGUGUCAGAGAACCACAUAUUGGAGGAUGUCAACAAGUGCGUCAUUGCCCUCCAGGAAAGAGAUGUUGAUGGACUUGAUCGUACGGCUGGCGCAAUCCGUGGCCGGGCAGCAAGAGUUAUCCACGUUGUCACUGCUGAAAUGGAGAACUAUGAGGCUGGCAUCUACUCCGAGAAGGUGCUAGAAGCCACCAAACUCCUGUCAGAUGUUGUCAUGCCACGCUUCGCUGAGCAAGUAGAAGCUGCCGCCAAUGCACUUGCUGGAGACUCCAACCAACCAGUGGACGAGAACGAGUUCAUUGACUCCUCCAGACUUGUGUACGAUGGCAUCCGGGACAUCCGAAAAGCCGUCCUCAUGAUAAGAACCCCCGAAGAACUGGAUGACUCCGACUUCGAGACUGAGGACUAUGAUGUGAGGAGCCGUACCAGCAUCCAGACAGAAGAUGAUCAGCUCAUCGCUGGGCAGAGUGCCCGUGCCAUCAUGGCUCAACUUCCAAAGGAGCAAAAGGCUAAAAUUGCCGAAGAGGUGGCAAGCUUCCAGGAAGAGAAGAGCAAGUUGGAUGCCGAGGUGUCCAAAUGGGAUGACAGCGGCAAUGACAUUAUCGUCCUGGCCAAGCAGAUGUGUAUGAUCAUGAUGGAGAUGACCGACUUCACCAGGGGCAAAGGACCCCUCAAGAAUGCUUCAGAUGUCAUCGGGGCAGCCAAGAAAAUUGCGGAGGCUGGAUCCCGAAUGGAUAAAUUGGGCAGAACCAUUGCCGACCACUGCCCUGACUCUGCCUGCAAACAGGACCUCCUAGCCUAUCUCCAGCGCAUUGCCUUAUACUGCCACCAGUUAAACAUUUGCAGCAAGGUAAAAGCCGAGGUCCAAAAUCUUGGCGGCGAGCUGGUGGUCUCCGGAGCCGACAGUGCCAUGUCCCUCAUCCAAGCGGCCAAGAAUCUCAUGAAUGCCGUGGUGCAAACCGUGAAGGCCUCCUACGUGGCCUCCACCAAGUAUCAGAAAUCCCAGGGCAUGGCUUCUCUGAACCUUCCUGCCGUGUCUUGGAAAAUGAAGGCUCCUGAGAAGAAGCCCCUCGUCAAGAGAGAGAAGCCCAACGAGACCCAAAUGAUCAAGCGGGCGUCUCAGAAGAAGCACGUCAACCCGGUGCAGGCCCUCAGUGAGUUCAAAGCCAUGGAGAGCAUCUGAAUAGACCUCUGAGAUAGUGACCGUAUCCUCUACUCAUAGCCCCAUUUCUAGAUCCCCAAUUAUGGUGAUUCUGACCACUAAUGGAAAUAUUUAAAGGGACGGCCCAUCUAAAAUACCCCUUGUCUUGAUUUAGGGCUUACACUUGGGUACCCCCUUCCUUUACAACCACUAGCAACCUAUAUGCACCCCCUAUUGGGUUCCAGGAUUUCCAUAUUUCACAGACUAUGAAUGCUACAUAUAUAUGGCACUAAGCCUAGACUUCUGGAAUGAUCCUAUAACCUAGAUAAUCUCUAUAAUUAUAGUGUCAUUAUUAACCUAUAAACUUUUACUGGUUGCCUCCGCACAGUCCAGGCGGCCAUAUUGCUUACAAUGCUAGUACUCAGGCUGUGGGUUCGUCUGGGGCAGUGUAAUGGAUAAGGGCUGGGUUAUCCAGGAUUAGAAAAAAAAAGCUGAAAACAGCACCACUGUUGUCCUCAGGCGGAGUGCGGUAUUGCAGCUCGGUUCCAGCAAUGCGAAUGGAGGCAAGUUGCAAUGCUGCACAUAACUUGAACAGGUUGUCCAGGACUAAAAAAAACAGACUAAAACAGCGCCACUCUUGUCCUCAGGUUGAGUGCGGUAUUGCGACUGUUUCAUGGAAGUGAAUGAAGCGAAGUGGCAAUACCGUACCCAACCUCAGGACAGGGUUGGCGCUGUUUUUCAAAGUUAUUCCUGCAUAACCCCUUUUUUUUUAAAUUCUUUGGGUAUAUACUGUCUAUUCUGUUUAAAUGGGGUGACCUAUUUAUCCUGUUCACCUAGAUAUAUAUAUAUCUUUAAUUUAUUAGAUUAUUCUUUAAAAAAAAAAAAAAACACACACACUAACAUUUUGGGGCAGCAAUCUGCAUCCCCCUGAAUUCACACUACAAUUUUCUGGCGUGGGCAUGCUGGGAGUUGUAGUUGUGUGUCAGUUGGGAGGGCUGCAGUGUUAGAGCGGAUUACAGUAGGUGUCAUGGCUCUAUGGGGGAGAUUUAUCAAAACCUGUCCAGGGGGCGGUUGCUGAGUUGCCCAUAGCAACCAAUCAGAUCGCCGCUUUCAUUUUUCAAAAUGGAAGAAGCAAUCUGGUUGCUAUGGGCAACUCAGUAACUUUUCCUCUGGACAGGCUUUGAUCUCCCCCCUACGUGUUUUUUUUUUUUUUUUGUUUUCUUCGGUCGUAUUGAAUGUUGCAAAACUACAACUCCCAGCAUGCCCGGACAGCCAGCGGCUGUCCGGGCAUGCUGGGAGUUGUAGUUUUGCAACAUGUGUAGGUGGAGACAUAACUUUGGCAAUAAUUGUUUGGCUAUGUAAACAGAUUGCGCAGGGGGCUGCAGAAAGUGUGGUCGUUCUGGGACUUGUAGUUAUACACCCUUAGAUAUAGAUAGAUAGAUU